AUGGUAAAGGAUAGCAUAAGCGGAGAUAGCAGUAGUGUUCAUCCCGUUGAACUAUCGGUGUAUUCAGUACUUUCCACUGAUUUAGAUGGAUUGUAUCAAUCCAUCAAUGAACUACGUGAGUCGCAAGCCCUACUCAUUCUUAUGUUACGGAAGGUUCGAGACAAACUUCGAAGGGAGGGCCAAGUCCUUUAUGAUCCGGAACCCUUCAAGCCAACCAUGGAUAAAUUAGCGGAUUUAUCUGCUCGUGUGCAUAGUCUCUCAAAGAGGUAUGAGCAACUGCAGGGAAAUGUCGAAUCCCUCGCAAACUAA